AUGGCAUCGUGUUACUAUGCAACACUAGUUGGCGGUCAGUGUGGACCUAGUUCGUACAAUCCUUCUAUUGUAGAAUGCGUAACAAUCAAGGAUUGUAAUAAGGACAUUUUAAACCAUUGCUCACAAUAUAAAAUUAGUAACGAUUGUGGCCUGUCUGGAAGUGAAUCAAUGUUACUUCUUCCUCGUGCAGGUAACGUCACCGAAUUUAAUGUUUAUUUUUCAUUCUUUGACUUUAUUGACUUACUAUUUGCAAAUUUUAAAGAUUGUAACUAAAACGUAUCGGUAUUCUUUAGGAAUUUUUGAAAUCGACGAGUCAUACAUGAAGAUGAAAGUGUGUCCUUUACAUCGAGAUUUGUAUGGCAUUCGCUGGAGGUGCAACAAGACCAGAUGCUCAAUUCGAAAUGACCUUGCAGUACAUAAAUCUUUAUCCGUCAAAGGUCAAUGUGGACUGACAACUUUAUUAUCAUCUUUUAUUUUUAACAAGACCAAGAUACUUAUUCCUGUGGGAACAGGUACGAGGUUAAUUUAUUCAAUACAUCUAUUUCCUGCGUAUAAGGUCGGCAGGAAAUGUGAGAGAAGUAUGAGGAUAUUUUACUAUGCAUGCACAAGUAGUGCAGGUUUUGUUUUUAACUGAAUUUCUACGUUUUUUUUGUAGAAUAAAGAAUUUACUUAUACUAAACUUUUAGCAGCAAUGCCUUUAUUUUACAGGAUAUACAGUAUACUGUAUACGUUAACUUUUUGCUUGUUUUAGGGAUAUGCAGAAGCUGUAAAGAACAUUUAGCUCAUCUGGCAACAGAAUGGAGAACUAGUAAUUUAGUGUCAACUGACGACGAAUCAAGUAACUGCUUAGAAUUAUCAACAUCUCUGCCGCAGAUUAACGCAGAACAACCGGUAAUAAGAAACAAUUUUAACUUUAUCACGAGCCAUGAUCCAUGCACUACAUUUUAACAGCUUCUAUUCUUUAUUAGGAAGACAGUAAUACUGGUACGUCAGAUGAACUUGUUGAAGAAAUGGAUAAACUUGUACUUAACGAGACCAGGUGGAGCAUCUUCUCUCCAGACACUGCAAGUACUACAUCAUCAUCAUCUUGUGACGUCACCGAUGUUUCUUCUUCAUUGGUUGCUAGAAGAAAAAAGCUAAACGAAUAUUUGGAAGCCUGUAAUAUUCAUCCUUUGAAAAGACCAAUGUCAAAUUGGGACCAGACAUCAGAGCGCACACAAGAACGAUACAUCCAAAAAACAUGUGAAAUUGUCUUGUCAGUGUUAAUUAAAUGA